UCCCGAGGAUGCGGGCCAAGGCGCCCCGAGCCUUCCUCCUGCUGCUCUCAGGGGCCCUGACCCUGACCGACACCUGGGCGGGCUCCCACUCCAUGAGGUAUUUCAAAACCGUCAUGUCCAGUCACGGCCGCAGGGAGCCUCAUUUCAUCGUCGUCGGCUACGUGGACGACACGCAGUUCGUGCGGUUCGACAGCUACGCCGCGAGUCCGAGGAUGGAGCCCCGGGCGCCGUGGAUGGAGCAGGAAGGGCAAGAGUAUUGGGAAGAGCAGACAAGGAACGUCAAGGACACCGCACAGAAAUUAGAAGCAGAACUUAACACACUGCGCAACUACUACAAUCAGAGCAAGGCCGUGUCUCACACCUACCAGUGGACGCACGGUUGCUACGUGGGGACAGACGGGCACCUGCUUCGCGGGUACAGUCAGUAUGCCUACGACGGCAUCGAUCACCUCUCCCUGAACGAGGACCUGCGCUCCUGGACCGCGAUGAACACGGCGGCUCAGAUCACUCAGCGUAAGUUGGAGGCAGCAGGUGCGACUGAGCAGCACAGACACUACCUGGAGGGCACAUGCGUGGAGUGGCUCCUCAGACACAUGGAGAACGGGAAGCAGACGCUGCAACGCAUAGAACCUCCUAAGACACAUGUGACCCGCCACAGCAUCUCUGACCAUGAGGUCACCCUGAGGUGCUGGGCCCUGGGCUUCUACCCUGCGGAGAUCACCCUGACCUGGCAGCGUGAUGGGGAGGACCUGACCCAGGACACGGAGCUUGUGGAGACCAGGCCUGCAGGGGACGGGACCUUCCAGAAGUGGGCGGCUGUGGUGGUGCCUUCUGGAGAGGAACAGAGAUACACGUGCCAUGUGCAGCACGAGGGGCUUCCUGAGCCCGUCCCCCUGAGAUGGGAGCCGCCUCCUCAGUCCACCAUCCUCAUCAUGGACGUCAUUGCUGUCCUGGGUCUCCUUGGAGCUGUGGUGGGUGGAGCCGUGAUCUGCUGGAAGAAGUGCUCAGGUGGAAAUGGAGACAGCUUCAAGGCUGAAAACAGCGACAGUUCCCAGGACACUGUUGUGUCUCUCGUGGAUCCUAAAGGGGAGACCCUGCAGGCCUGAAGUGGGGAAGUAUUCAAGGGGACGGACUGGAUUAUGGGGAGUCUUUGGUUGGGACAUUUUGAACAUGUGUUGGGCUGUUGAGAAUGUCACCAGUUACAGUCACUGACUUAAAUUUGUUCAUGAUUUUCUUUUGUAGGAUGAGAGACAGCUGCCUUGUGGGGGACUGAGUGGUGCAUGAUUUUUUCAUGCCACUACUUUUGACUUCAACAACCUCUUUCUGGGCCAGCCCUUUGGCCAAGUGAUUAAGUUUGCACACUCCACUCCAGUGGCCCAGGGUUUUGCUGGUUCGGAUCCUGGGCACAGACUUGGUACCACUCAUCAAGCCAUGCUGAGGCAGCGUCCCACAUAGCACAACCAGAAGGACCUAAAACUAGAAUAUACAACUACAUACUGGGGGCUUUGGGGAGAAGAAGAAGAAAAAAGAAAACCCUCUUUAUUCAAAGGGCAUCUGAAAUUGACUGCAUUAAGAUAAUGUGAGGAGGUGGGGAGACUGGCCCACACCCUACCCACCACGACCCUUGACCACGCUGACCUGUGUUCUCUUCCCUGUUCAACUUCCGUUACAGCAGAGAUGGGGCAGGGCCACCUCCAUCCCUGUCUGAACUUCGUGUUGCACUGAGCUACAAAUGUUGCAUAUGGGGACAGGAGAAAGCUGUGAGGAGUCAAGCAUGUCUAGGACCUCCGCCCGCUCAGUGCAUGGUGGGCUUUGACAUGGUCAUUCCUCAGCUGGGUCAUCUCUCUGCUCUUUUGUCCUUGUGCCUUCAGUAAACCUUGUCCCACCAGGACUUGUGAUCACAGGAACUGGGACAUCACACAGGCCUCGUCGUUUCCCCAGGACCGUGAGCAGUAGUGGCUUCAUGUGACUGGGUCAGCCUAGGCUCAGGCCUGGGUCCAGCCCUCAGCCCCUGUCUUUUGGGUGUUUAUUUCUUGUUUCUUUGUUUCUGUAGAGGUUAGGUCUGUUCUCUUUUUUUUCACCUAACUCAUUCAUUCACAUAAUAUUUGUUGUGUGCCUGAUGUAUGAUCUUCUAUUUUUGCAUCCGGGGAAAAUAGACAAAUUCCGGGCCUUAUGGAGCAUGUGUUGUAAUGGAGAAAGAUAGACUGUAUGCUAUAAGCAUAGUAAAUAAAGAAAGCGUUUACUGAUAAAUAAAUGACAAGCUAUAGGA